AUACUUCCUGUUCAUACCUUCAAAAUAAAACGUAUUGAGGAGUUUGUUAACGUGCGCGCGCCAACAGGAUGUGGCAUCACCACACCAAAUCAGAAGAGAGAUACUUUUUAAAAUGAUGAUGUCCAAUGUGCACCUUUCCAAUUUAGGAAUUAUCAUUUAAUUCAUAAAUAACACUGUUGAUAUAAUAGAUAUAAACGGAUUUGUUGGCCGCUUGGGGGCAGCGAAAGCAAGCUAAACAACACUGACGCUCAGCUUGUUAGCGACGUUGCAUAUUAAUUCACACAUCCAGAAAAUACGAAAUAACACUUGCGUUAAUUUGGAGUUGUUGCUUCUGGCCACCUGGUAAAGUGAACAUCCUGUUUUCGUGCUGUCCACUCUGCGUUAGCUUGACGCCGCUCGGGUGAGGAGAGCGAGGAGCUCCGCCAGCGGACCAGGGAGAGCGUGGUGAGGAAUCCCAGCAACCCCAGGAGAGUGAGACCCGGACCGGCAGGACCCCAGGAGGAGGACCCAAAAGAGAACCACGUUGCCACGGGAGAGGCCUCAGUUCAGGGCUGCAGUAUGUUCACUUCAGUGAAGGCCUACGAGGGGCAGCAGUACUCCACCCUGAAGAGGCAGUGCUUGCAGAGUGGCCUGCUGUUUGAGGACCCCCGCUUCCCCGCCAUCGACGACACGCUCUUUUACCAGGGCAACCGGAUCGGACGUGUGGUCUGGAAGAGGCCUCGGGAGUUGUGUGAAGACCCUCACCUGUUUGUGGAUGGCAUCAGUGCACAUGAUUUACAUCAGGGACAGCUGGGUAACUGCUGGUUCGUAGCGGCGUGCUCCAGCUUGGCCUCCAGAGAGUCUCUAUGGCAAAAAGUCAUUCCCGACUGGAAGGAGCAGGAGUGGGAUACAGAGAAGCCAGACUCGUAUGCCGGGAUUUUCCACUUCCGCUUCUGGCGCUUUGGUGAUUGGGUGGACGUGGUGAUUGACGACCGGCUACCGACAGUGGACAACCAGCUGGUCUACUGCCACUCCAACGACAGCAACGAGUUCUGGAGUGCCCUGGUGGAGAAGGCCUACGCCAAGGUUUAUGGCUGCUAUGAGGCUUUGGAUGGGGGAAACACGGCGGAUGCACUAGUCGAUUUCACGGGUGGUGUUUCAGAGCCCGUGGACCUGCUGGAGGGUCAGAUGGCAACAGAUGAGGUGGCCCGUAACCAACUGUUUGAAAGAGUUCUCAAAGUCCACAACAGAGACGGUCUUAUCAGCUGCUCCAUCAGGGCCACCACGAUAGAGGACAUGGAGGCACGGCUGGACUGUGGCCUGGUCAAAGGCCAUGCCUACGCUGUGACAGACGUACGGAAAGUGCGGCUAGGUCACGGACUGCUGGCCUUCUUCAAAUCAGAGAAGCUGCAAAUGAUCCGCAUGAGGAACCCCUGGGGAGAGAAGGAGUGGAGCGGCCCCUGGAGCGACAGUUCGGAGGAGUGGAACAAGGUGAGCAAGAGUGAGAGAGAGAAGCUUGGUGUCACCGUGCAGGACGACGGCGAGUUCUGGAUGACGUUUGAUGACUUCUGCCAGUACUUCACUGACCUGAUCCUGUGCCGCCUCAUCAACACCUCCUACCUGAGCAUCCACAAAACCUGGGAGGAGGAGGUGAUGAGGGGCUCCUGGGUACACCGCCAUGACCCCCUUCGCAACCGGUCCGGAGGCUGCAUCAAUCACAAGGCCACCUUCCUGCAGAACCCUCAGUACGUGUUUGAUGUGAAGAAGGUGGAGGACGAGGUGCUGAUCUGCUUACAGCAAAAAGAAAAGAGAACCACACCCAAAGAGGGCAAAGGGGAAAACCUCGCCAUAGGCUUUGAUAUUCACCGGGUGGAGCUAAAUCGGAAGUACCGUAUGCACUCAGCCCAGCAGAAAGUAGCGGGCUCCAUCUACAUCAACUCGCGCUGCGUCUUCCUCAGGAAGGAGCUGAAGGAGGGCCGUUACGUCAUCAUUCCCACAACCUUUGACCCUGGGCAGCAGGGCGACUUCCUGCUCCGUGUCUUCACUGAUGUGCCUUCAGACUGCAAGGAGCUGACUCUGGAUGAGCCUCCUCAGACAUGUUGGACGGGGAUGUGUGGCUACCCUCAGCUGGUCACUCAGGUCCAUGUACUGAAUGCUGAGGGUCUGCAGGGACAGGACUCCAAUGGAGAGCUUCACUGCCUCAAUCCCAAUAAGAAAAGACGUCCGAGCAAAGCACGAGCUGUAGAUCCCUACGUGAUCAUCACCUGUGAAGGAGAGAGGGUUCGUUCACCAGUUUAUAAGGACACACGGUGCCCAAACUUUGACAUCAAAGGCCUGUUUUACCGCAAGAAACCCAAGGAGGGCAUCCACAUCGAGAUCUACAACAAGAACAUGAUCGUGGACACCUUCCUGGGUCAGGUGAUCCUGUUCAGCGACCCCAACGAGCGGCAGGAGCAGCACACGCUUCACCUCCGCGACAAGGGCAGCCGCCAGGACAACGACCUUCCAGGCACUCUCACCGUGCGCCUCGUCACCUCGAUCGCGCUCACCAACAUCUGAUGCGAUCGUUUCUAUAAUUUAUAAUGAUCAACACUCAAGGUGGCGUUCAAUCGUGCCCGCCGUUCAUGUUCACCGUUCAUCCUCCAACCAUCGCGGGAGCUCGCUGUGUCUUUUUUUCUGCUGCUUGCGCUCUCUUUGUGUAUCUUAUUGUUUCUCUAUUUUCUCUCACUUCAGUAUUUUAAUUCAGCUCUGUUACAUGGGUUUUUGAAUACCCAUGACCAUAUUUCUGGAUGGAAGGUGUCCAUAGAUGAUAUUUGGGGUUCGUAUUUAAUAUCUUUGAACACAUUCCUGCGAAAAUGAUUUAGUGAAAUUUGUUCUUAAAGUAGGUUUCAUUGCAGGUUUUGUAGCCACAAUCUCCAUCAACAACUGAGCUGCAGUUCAACCGAUUUUUAAGUUUUAUCGAAUCAGUUCGUCGGUCUGACCCAAAUCUACAAACUUCUUAUUUUCUUUCUGCAUAUUGUUAUAUUCAAACACACACGCGCACACACUCAUACAUGCACAUACAGUACAUAUGCAGUAAUUUCUGCACUCUCCAUGCAUGUGCCAAUGUGUCCAAGGGCUAUGCUUUGCCUUAAGGUUGAGCCUGUCUCUCCACCUUGAGGAGGCGGAGGGGUUAUGUUAAAUACUCUUUAUCAUCUUCUACAUCAGCUGUCCUCGGUGUUAGCACAGCCUCCAUUUCUGUUCCUUAAAAUCAACAUUACUCCCUGCUUUUUGUCAUAGUUCAGCCUUUAUCUCCUAUAUAUUGACCUGAUGUAUACUCUUUUAUAUCUGUGGAUAAUGGUCCCACCCAGUCCGCUCACCCAGAUUACUCAAGUCUUCACCAGUUUGCCGGUGCUUUGGAGAGCAUGCAGCACUGUCUGUCACUUUUUACUGUGGACUUUACAAACGAAAGCCAACAGCAGCUAUUCUCUCCCUCUACUGAGAGCUUUUCUGUGUUGUUCUGUGAGCGCGCUCGUGUGAAAUCUUGCCUCCCGUCUUCCAUCACUAGUACCAUUUCAAACUCCCGAGACGCUUUCUGCCGGUUGCUAUGGACGAUCUCAAAACUGCAUGGCUUAAAAAACUAAACUCUUUGCCUGUGCUGCACAUGUCUCCAGUCGUAGCUUAGCAGCCGGUGCUUUUGAUAGUGCUACCCUGUCUCUUUGAUCCCCCCAUGUGUACACCUUCCCAGUCCAUCGGAGUGCAAAGAUUCACCCUGACAUAAUCAAGUGCUUUAUGGGACCAAAGAUGAGCCAGAUCCUCCGCUCUCUUAGUCCCUUUCAGACCGGCCUGGCCUGGCCCGGCCCAGCCUGGCCCAACCUAGCUACAAACCACCACCCCCUGUGCCACAUCAUCUCUUAACGGCAACACCACUGCCUGACGCUUCCUCUGACUUGAGUCUGUUGGCCCGGGCCAAAGACUCAUGCCACGUGACCCCAAGAGACAGCAGUUGUGCUUCUGCUGUUGGCACAGAACAGGCAUGAGUCUAUGUAUGAGUGUGAGUGUGUGUGUGUGUGUGUGUGUGUGUGUCCUGCUAGAUCCAGCCUUGCUCUGAAUGGGAGUGUCUGGUAGUGCUUGGGAUGAAUGUAUAUCUGUUAAUCCACGUUGUGUCCGGAAGAAAACGAUUUCUGAGGAAAGGUGUGAACUGAAAGGAAAAGAGCCCUUCAGGGGAACACACACCUCGCACUUUAUUUAAUUUUAAAGCGGGAAAAAGACCCUUAAGAAUGAAAGAAAGAGGAGGGAGAGCAGAGAAGACAUCCUGCCAAACAACCUGUGCCAUCGCUUUGGUCCUGGCUUUGCCUCCAAAGCAGGAAAACAACAUGGGACAUAGGAUGAACUGCUCAGUGAUUUUAGAAGGAUUUCAGAUGGCUUUUGUAUAUUGAACCAACACUGGUACAUUUAAAUCUAUCUCUGAUGAACUACGGCAUUUAUUGCAUAGAUCAGGUGGCCAUCCAAUUUGACCUUUUAGUACCUAGGCUUUUUGUGACAGAAGCCCAGACAGAAAAUGUCAACUUGUGUUUUGUUGUUGUUUUUUCAAAAGUGCAAUAUCAUUGCAGACUUUUCAUUCCAAGUUUUAUUGACUUUUGGGUAUGUCUUAGUGUUUUUCCUUUGUGUUUCAUAAUAAGAAUUAAAAAUGUAAGUUACAGUCAUUAUCAAUACAUUUCCUUUGAAUGUAAGACAAACAGUUAGUGGACUGAUCUCUCAGUCAAACUAUCAAGUCCGUUUUCAUGAUUUUUCAGCGCCUUUUUCCAUUACUUGAACUGUCACACAUGGCAUUUAAUUGAUCACACACCUUUGUGUACAGCAUCUUUUUAAAUGUGUCGUGCAUGGGUUAUUUUCCAAUAUGUUCAUGGCCUUGUAUUGUACUGUUCAAUUGUUACUAUAUAUAUUUAUUCUUUCUAUGUCAAAUGUCUUGAAAAUGCUAGUUUUUAGCAGUCAGCAUGUCUACACAAAUGCACCUCACAUUAGUCUGAUCAUAUCAACAGGUUUGAAACAGUUAUGUCUUGUAAUACAGUGAUGCAUUCAUAAUGCCUCUAGCAUUGGUAAACAUUAGCAGCAGCUGUUGACUACUAUUUAGGUGCUAUUUAUCUUCUCUGUGCUCUUUUAUAUAGUUUUCAGUCUGACGGAGGGACCGAAAAUGAGUGUUAGGUAACAUAACAAGAAUGAAUUUGGAAAAUGUCAUGUUAGCUUGUGGACAGACGGUGUUAGAAACUGUAGUGCCAACUGUAGUGUAAGGUUAGACACGUGAGCAUGUGCCUGGAUAGCUGCUGGUUUUUAUUUACAGACCAGGUGGGAAAAGAAAGAAGCCCUCCCUCCCUCCCUCACUGAGUACUGUUGAAGUGUCCUUGUGCAAGGCACUGAACGCCUAACUGCACCAGUGAAGCCUUGUAAUGGCCAGCUAUUGUACAGAGCAGCUUCCAGGUGUGACUGCACAUAUUUGUGUAACUCUAAUUUCCCCAGGUUGUGCCUCUCAUUUUUUACCAUUACAUUGGUUUCACAGAGCUAAGCAUCUGAUUUUCUUAGAAUUUCCAAAAUCCUCAAAAACUCUUCUAACCAUCUGGCUGAAAAAAUAUUUACAUAUACAGUAAAUGCACAAUUAACCGCCACCUGUCACGUCGUGUUAUACCCCACCUCUCCCAGCCUUUGUCACUCGCAAUAUCUUUUGUUUUAAUUAUUGCGAGCAGCGCAAGCUAUCCAGAUGGUUUCCUAUGAAAUUCUAUUAUUAUUGAUCUGUUGUGGCAGGAAGGUUUGAACGGGAUUCAGCCUUUCCAGCAUGAACAAAAUAAAGUUCAAAUAUAGUUUUCAACCAACGGCGGCACUUAAAAAGUGUGGUACUGUAAUAAGUGACGACUCUAUGCUGUCACUGUACAGUAUCACUGACUUAACUAUGUCGUUUUCAUACCCAUAUAUUGUUUGGCUGACAUAUGGUGCUGUUGAGAUGUGAUUUACAAUGUUGCAAGGGAAUUAUGAAAGCUUUUCACAAAAAUGUAACUAAUGUCACUGUAAUGCUGUGGGUUUUUUUUUUUUUUUUUUUGGCUAAAUCACAAAUGCAUUUCAUGCAUAAAUUGGUUUACCUAGAAAAUAGCAUUGAAAAACUAUUGUGAAUCUUGCAUAAUGAUCAUAUUGCAUUAAUUGCAGCAGCCCCUCACACAAUUAACUAAUUAAUCAAUUCAUCCCUGAAUUCCAUCCAAGUAUAUUGUUGAAAUAAAAUGGAAAUAUUUCCAUUGUUUAUUUCCAGUUAUAGUUUUUCAUGAGAAACAAAUACAAACAAAAAAAAGGCUCACAAAAUCAGAUGCCUGUUUAAGACAUUUCCACUGGUGACCAGACUGACAAAAACAAUUAUUUUAACCUGUUUCCUCAGUUGCAACUCUGCUUCCUAAUCCAAACAAUGAUGGUGGCCAGAAAUGACAUAUGUCCUUGAUAAAUUUGCACAACAUGAACCAAACUCAAAGAAUCAUUAAUAUUGAUGUUAUUUUGUAUUUUUAAACUAAAUGAUGCAUUCUUGUGUUGCACAAAAAGAACAAGGAGGUAUGUCAUAUCCAGCUUCCUGGAUAAGAAAUAUAGUCAAGACUGGGAAAAAUAAAAUUAAAUUAAAAAUAGUUUUUAUUGUUCAGUCGACUAAAUAUUUUCUCAUCCAGAUGGUUAGAAGAGUCUUGGAGCACUGUUGAAAUUCCUUCCAUACAGUCGUAGGUUUUGUUAAACGACCCUGAUUAUUUUUCAGAAAAACUGAUGCUUAGCUCUGUGAUUCAAAUGUAAGGUAAUACAUUACAGGAACAAACUGGGGCUAGGUGACACUGGCAUCAACUAAAGACCAACAGAAAAACAGAAAACCUUGAUUUGACUUGCUAAAAUUGUACACAACUUUGUUGGAAAGAAAUAAUUGUAUUAAAAACAAUAAGAAAUGGCAGCCUGUCUCCAAACCAUGUUGGGUUAAUGUGGACAUUUUACAUCAUAGUUUACAGUCUAUUUUGAUGAAUGGACUGUUAAAGACCUUAUUAGGUCACAUAACACAAAAAUUACUUUUAGGGUGAUAACUUCUACAUGGUACAUUCAUGAAUGCCAAUUCAAACUUAAUGUCUAAUUUCAGUCAGUGUUUAAAGUUAGAUUUGUGCCAUUGACAUUUAUUUAUGGCAGUAGGUAUUUUUAAUUGAAAACUGUUUCUUAUUAGCCAUGUCAAUUUGUGUGAUGGAAUUCUAGUUUAGUUUUUCUUUUCAAACCGAAUAGAGUGACAUCAUAAGAAACAAAAUAUGAUGAAUUUGGAUGUGCCAUAGCUGAGGAGGGCAAAGAAACCUAAACACAGUGUUAAUAAACCACCAAUGAGAAGCAAGCAUUAAUUAAUUACUCGAAUGUGUUGUACAUUAGCUAUAUACAGUAGCUAAUAUAAUUCCCAUGGGCUAGAAGCUGUUACACAGGUUUUAUUACAUGGACUUGAGCUGUAUGUUGAACAGUAAUCAGCUAGCCAUGUAGCAGCUGGUGAGCUAGUACUCUACAUUAGGAGCUAAUUUAUUGAACUGUGAGCACAAUGUACAUAAACUUUAAUAACACAUCCUAAGUUACUUAUUGCAAAUGCCAGACCAAGUUCUUUGAAUUGGAUAGUAUGUGUAAAUGAAUAUGUUACCACUGUGUUUAUCUGUUAUGUCACAAGCGGUUGUAUGAACAUCCAAUUAACCCCUACAUGUCCAAUGGAUGCAGUUUUAGAAUCAGAGCUUGUCCUUUAGCAUUCCCAGUGUAGAUAGCCAACAUGUUUUGUGUUUUACAAACAUAUUGAAUACACUUUUGCAGCUCAUUUAUUAGCGAUAUGGUAGCAUACUCUGUGGCUGUACUUUUUGUAUCUGUAUUUCCUGAAGACUGUAUAUUAGCAGAGGGAAAACUGUAGCAUUAUUUCUCCUGCUUCACAGACUUUGGAGGAGACGUGACAUAAACAAACAAGACAAUUUUGAACAGGCUAGGUACGUGGCUCUAGGGAUUGCAAUGUCAGGUUGGUUAGUCGGUUAGUCACUUUGGUCCAGACUCAAAUAUUUCAACAACUAUUGGAUGGAUUGCUGUGAAAUUUUGUACAGACAUUUCAUGGUCCCCAGAGGAUGAAUCCUACUGACUUUUAGAGGUUUGUGGUUUUGAGUAAAUGUCCAUUUCAUUACCAUGGAAUAUGGUACAUACAUUCAUGUUCACCUAAGGACGAAUGAUAAUCAUUUUGGUGAUCCCUUAACUUUUCAUUUAGCUCCAUCACCAGGUCAAAAAUUUCAUUUGUUCAGAACUUUAGGUUAUGACCAAAUACCUGCAAGACUAAUGACGUCCCACUCAGCUUCAGCUGUACGUUGUGUUCAGUGCUAAUUAGCUAAUGUUAGCAUGCUAAGAUGCUACAGUAAGACAGUGAACGUGGUUUUUGACCAUUAUAUCUGCUAAACGUCUACAUGUUGGCAUUGAAAUAGGAAAUAUGUUAGCAUGCUGACAUUGGCUUGUAGCUCACUGCACUGCCUAAAUACAGCCUCACAGAGCUGCUAGCAUGGUUGCAGACUCUUAAUCUUCAAUAUGAAUGAAUGUGAAUUAGUAUUCAUGAAUGUGCCAUGUUAUUGGUAUUUGACAAUGCAAGCUGUCCUUAAGUCAUCAUAGAUUUUAUAUUCCAGAGUUUCUAUUCAACUGAUGCCAGUAUCACAUUUUACUUUGAGGUUUCACAUCAGGUUUUCAGCAGCGACCAGUUGUUAUUUCGUGGCUCCCUAUUUUUGUAUUUGUAUGGAUGUGGCACCGAAAUAUAACAGCUAACGCACAACCUGACAGCUUUGAUAUAUGGGAGUACUUGGGCUUCAAAGUCAUUGUGUCACUCACAGUCCUACAGUAAUAGUAAGAGUAAGGAGCCAAAAUAACAGUGUGUCAAGCUCAAUGUGAAAUCUUAUCGAGGCAUUCCUCUUCAAGCCUCUACUCAUGUGCCACAGCAGUGCCAAAAAGACGAAUGGUCUAUUGAAAAGGGAUGCUUUAUGGGUGAUGGAAGUCAUACUGUACAUUGUAAACAUAUUUGCUAUGUAACUGUUGGACAAAUGUAAGAUAGGUGAAGUUUUUUGUACCUUUUUUGUUCUCCACUACGUCUUUUUUUUUUUUUUUUGUCUUUGUCAUGAAGUGAUCCUCUUUGCGUUGCUAUGGUUACUGAUUGUAAUUGUUGCACAUUGUGAUUCUUUGCCAGAAGUGUUAAGGCUUUCACUGUUAACCACCACACACACACACACACACACACACAUAUACACAAACACACAAACACUCCUGCUACUAGACUAACCAGGCUUGGUUGGAGUGUACGGACCUUGACUGGUUUUUUGACAGUUGCUAUAAAGCUAAUCGGUUUUCUGUAUAUAUUUUUCGCACGGCCAUGCCAAAGCUGGUUUUAAGAACACAAGACCAUUCAAAUGAAGCUGAACUGCUCACAAUGGUGGUGACUUUUGUACGAAUCCAGAAAUGCCAGUGCAUGUAGCAAAAUGCUUCAAAUCUGCUCGCUCCAUUAUGAAUCACAGAAUAUAUAUUUUGUUUUUCAGAGUGUUGUAAAACAUAAUCCGCUGUUGCUACUUUGAUAGACAUACUGUGUGAAGUAGAAGGCUUAUGUUGCACACUUGCAUGUAUCAAAACAGUAUCCAGUUUUCUAAUAUUUUGUAUUCAGUAACUUGCAGUUUACGGUAUGUAUAUAAAAGUAGCAGCAACUUGACUUAUCAGUUGUUAUUAUGGGAUCCGUAUUUUGAUGGAUGUUAUACAGUAUAUUCUAGACAUUUAUUUCAAGAGGAAGAUGUUCUUGCUCACUACCACCAGUAAUCAAGUGAAUUAUUCACCUUAUUCCUAGUCCCAUGAUACCUUUUGUAAGGAUUUAACAAAAGAGAUUUAAUGUGUUAAUUAGUGAGCUUUAGAGGUGCUAGAAGGUGGAUUUUGUAACAGAGCCAGGCUAGCUGUUUCCCCAUGUUUCCGGUCUUUGUGCUAAGCUAAGUGUGCUGGCUGCUGGCGGUGGCUUCAUAUUUAGUGUACAUAUAUGAAAGUGGUGUUGAUCUUCUCAUUUAACUAAUCGGCAAGAGAGCGAAUAAAUAAGCCAAAUUUACAAAAUUGUCAAACUUUCUCUUUGAACAGGAUAAUGUGAUCAUUCCUCUGCCCUCUACUACUGAGGGAAGUGAGAUUACCUGAAGAAGUUACCUCGGAUAGCAGUAACAAACUAAGUUAUCAUAGCUUUAUCUAAAGCUUGGGACAACCUGAAGACUAGCUGAAACCUACAAAGACUGGACAAACCAUGCAUAAAGAGUGUUUCCACCAAUUUGCACAGAUUCUUUUAGUCUUUGACAGUCAGGAAGGAGUAUAAACCUUACGACUGAGUAAAUACACAAGACAACACAUUGAACAACUGGACUGGAGUUCUGGCAGAAGACGAUCCCACAAAUUCUGUGAGAACACAAGUUGUUGCGCGUUCUUGUACCAAAACAAACAUGGAUGACCACCAGCAGCUUGAACUGUUUAUAUGCAGGGCAUUUUGCACUGCUGUAAAGACCCAAAAAUAAAAUAAACAGUGCAGAGUUUGGGUGAGAUCCUGGAUGGAGAGGUGUGGGCAAGGCAGCCUGUAUAGCCUACAGAAGGAAUUGGAGGUGAGUGAACUUUGUAAAACAAAGCUAACUUCAGGUAAAGCUCUUUAUUUACGGGAAUGGCUCCCUCAGGCUACACACAAGUGACAUAAUCAGUCACUAAACAAACAUCAAACAUAUUUUUCAAAGUCUUUGUGAGAACAACUGGCAGCAACUGGAUCUGAAGACUUCAGAUUUGACCCUUUACACAUAUCACAAACUAUAUGAUUUUAUCUGCCGACUGUCAACACCUGGAACAACUGGAACAGACCCAGUCUAACUUGGUCCGAUCAGUCGUCUUACCCAAAUCAUAUUCAUAAUCAGCUCAACAUUCGUAAUGUGUGUCACCGCCUUAAGUGAUGUAGUGAUGUGGGACUUUUGCGCAUCGCGUAGGAGGCAGAGGUAUCAUCACAUUAUCUCGUUUAAGAUGUGACAGGCUGUGUUCCCACAUCAUUUACUUCCCUAAAGUCUCUAAGAAAAGGCAAAACACCUGUAGCAUAGUACUAACAAGGUACCAUGGGCGUAGGAAUAAGGUGGAUAGACAAACCUGAAAAUAUGUGGGAUUCGGAGUGGUGAAAAGUAAUUUUUUAGGGAUUAUUUAAGAGGCUUUUUUCCCAUUUAUCACUUCUAGACAGAACAAUGACAUGAUCGCAGUUGAUUGCUUGCCUGCUGAUCUUAUAGCCUCGUCAACUUAGGUACUGCUGCAUGUGUCUAAAGUUACAAGACACUGGUGAUGGAGCUCCAGAAAGAAUACACCAGGUAUUAUGUGUUUAUCUCAAUGACAGCAUUUUGUAGACUGUAUUGAAUUUGACUCUGUUGUACCAGGUCACCGGAAACCUUCUACAUUCUUGUCAUUGACAUUUUUAUCGGAGAUUGAGUCUUGUCCACUCAAGGAAUGAGCUUGUGAUUCUUCUUGUAUUUUUCUGCUGAUGUUUAUUAACUAGAGACUGGAAUACCUACUGCAUGGUGACACUUCUAGAAGAUGCUACGAUCUUUAUAACAAGUAUCUUUUAUCAGUAUUUUAUAACCUUGUUAAUUUUAUAUAUCCACUUUACCUUGCGUUCCAAACUGGUAUGUUUACUGAUAGCUAAGUUUCAGAGAGCUGUGCUGUAUGUUCUGUACUGUGUUCUUGUCUGUGUGUUCUUUUCAGCGUGAGCUUUCCUUUUCUUUUUCAAUGCGUGUUCGUUGAAUUUGGUUCUCGGUUACACUGUGGUUAUUUUAUAGCUACAAUCUAAAAUUAUUAUUUUUUCUUUUGUAUUUAUGUCAACUUGUGGCAUGACUUUGAAAUAAAACAGGAAAACCUA